AUGUCACGAAGCAGGCAGAAGUCCUACGCUGAUAAGAGAAGAAGGCCUUUGGAGUUCGUGGUAGGAGAUCAUGUCUUUCUUAGACUGAAUCCAACUACUGGAGUAGGCAGAGUCGUUCGUCCCAAGAAGCUAUCUCCCAAGUUCGUCGGACCCUAUCAAAUCUUAAGGAGAAUUGGACCAGUUGCGUACGAGUUGUCCUUGCCUCCUCAACUGUCCAACCUUCAUCCAGUCUUCCACGUUUCUCAACUUCGGAAAUACAUAGCAGACCCUUCUCAUGUACUGGAGUUAGAGGACGUUCGUCUUCGUCAAGAUCGUACGCUAGAGAUGCAACCUGUUCGUGUUGAAGAUAGUCAUACCAAGUAUUACAAGAGGAAAGCCAUCAGAUUGGUGAAAGUGGUCUGGGAAGAGAAGACUGGCGACUCUACAUGGGAAGUGAAGGAUGCCAUGAGGGACUUGUAUCCUCAUCUAUUUCCGGUUGAUCACAAUAGAUUAUUGGAAUCAGUAAUAGAAACACUUCAACAGCAGAACGCUGCCUUGGUGCAGCAGAACACGAUCGCUUUACAGAGUUUGGAAGCCGCACGUGCCAACUCUGAAGCGACUCAAAGACAACUGAUGGAGAUCGUAGCCACCACGAGGAAUAUCGUCGGAGCGUUCACUUCCAACGCUACUCAUCAGACCGAGUGA